AUGGGUUACCCAGGACGAACAUAUAAAGAAAAGUACGGAAAGCGUGAUGAUAAAAUUUCUCAACCACCACCUCAACCACAACAGAAGUAUCCACCCGAAUAUGGUGGAUAUGGUAACUAUCAAAGACCACCACCAGGUUAUCCACUGCCAUUAGGACCACCUUCGCAAGGAGGUUACCCAACACCGUUUGGACCACCACCUUCGCAAGGAGGUUACCCACCACCGUUUGGACCACCACCUUCGCAAGGAGGUUACCCACCACCAUUAGGACUACCACCUUCACAAGGAAGUUACCCACCACCAUCUUCGCAAGGAGGUUACCCACCGCCUUUAGGACAACCACCUUCACAAGGAGGUUAUCCUCCACCAGCGGGACCGCCACCUUCGCAAGGAGGUUAUCCUCCACCUUCAGGACCACCGCCUUCGCAAGGAGGUUAUUCAAGACCACCAAAAGCUGAUCAAGCACCACUUCCUCCAAGACAAGAUAGUUAUGCGCCUUCAUAUCCUCCACCUCCAACGCAAAGUAUUUAUGCUCCACCUCCAUAUCCUCCAACACAAGGACCUCCUUCCGUUGAAAAACCUCCAAGAAAUCAACAAUAUCAACCUCCUUCUCAAACAUAUUCAUCACCGCCUCCAAAUACAAUUGAGCAACGUCCUAGCGCCGGACAUACACCACCUCCGGGUUAUACAUUGUAUCAAAAUACUAAUGUCAAACCUUCUUCAAAUGUUCAAUUAUCGAAUUGCACGGGUCGUAAGAGAGCUUUACUAAUUGGAAUCAAUUAUACUGGUACACAAUUUGAAUUAAAAGGAUGUAUAAAUGAUGUAGCUAAUAUGAAGAGUUUCUUGAUUGAAUUGUAUGGAUUUCGAGAAGAGGACAUGGUCAUUUUAACGGAUAAUCAAAAAGAUAAACAAAGAAUUCCCACAAAGGAUAAUAUUUUAAAAGCAAUGAAAUGGUUAGUUCACGAUGCAAAACCAAAUGACUCGUACUUUUUCCAUUUCAGUGGUCAUGGAGGUCAAGAGAAGGAUAAAAAUGGAGAUGAGGAAGACGGUUAUGAUGAGACCAUUAUGCCAGUGGAUUUUACAACGAAGGGACAGAUUAUUGAUGAUGUCAUGCAUGAUAUCAUGGUGAAACCGCUUCCACCUGGUGUAAGGCUGACAGCUAUAUUUGAUUCUUGCCAUUCCGGUACAGCACUUGACUUACCUUAUAUAUAUUCAACUCAAGGAAAAGUGAAGGAACCAAAUAUUUUAUCGGAUGGGGGUAGCACUAUUUUAAGCGUUGGCAUGUCAUAUAUGAGGGGAGAUCUUAAUGGUAUCAAAACAAGUUUGAUGUCAUUUGGUAAGAGGGCAACGUCAGGAAAGAGUAUUGCUGAACAAAAUAGACAAACUAAAUCAAGUCCCGCUGACGUGAUAAUGUUAAGUGGAUGUAAAGAUGCUCAGACAUCUGCAGAUACAAAUGAAGCUGGGAUUAACACUGGAGCCAUGUCUUACGCUUUAAUCAAAACAAUGAGAGAAAAUAAGGAUAUUUCGUAUCAACAGAUGUUAAAUUUGGUUAGAGACAUCCUUGCAUCGAAAUACUCUCAGAAACCACAAUUAAGCGCAUCACAUGAAAUGGAUAUGAAUUUGAAGUUUGUGAUAUAA